AUGGCUACCAACACCAUGCCGUCUAUACGCAUUAGACGUGACAGUUUCCUCUCUCCUACCCCCAUGAUCACUCCACCCAAUGAACUUACUCCUCCAUGCACACUCGCUAGGCGUGGUGCAAUCCGCCGUCCCCUUUCCAGACCCAUCACACUCUAUCCAACCUGCCUUCCGACAAGCAAUAUUACUAGAAAUGACUCGAUCUCAACUUGCCGCAAGCACCGUAGUGUACGUAACCACAACGCCUCGAAAACUCAUCACUCUGGUGCCUCUUAUUUCUCUGAUAUAUCACCCUUUCCUAACUCCUCAACUCCCGACACCUUCUCUAACACCACCACCACCACUACACCCUCCUCUGACAUCUCCUCGUCCUACUCUGAUACCUGCCCCUCUAACAUCACCUCUCCUGAUGUCCCCUCCCCUGACGCCCCCACCGAAUGUAACUGCUGCUCAAUAUUAUUCGACGCUUUGGAUAACGGUCUUGGGGGUACCACCUCCAUCAACAAGGCCCUUGAAACUGUCCGCCUGUAUGGCGGCUGCGACGGACUAAAGCGGAUCAUCGACCCGGUCGAACAAUUGAGCCUCUGCAAGACAUGCCCCAGGGAGGAAGCCCUCCGAGAGUUCUUGUACUUGGUCUGCAACGGAGUCAUUCGGCAAUACCGGCAUUUCUACUACGCACUCAGUGAAUACUACGAAAUAGUCGACCCCCGGCUUCGCUUGGGCUCCCGCCAUGAAAGAGAGCGGCACGACUAUACGUUCAUGCUUUAUGUUAUUCAAAUCGCGCGCAUAAUUGCCAGCAUCGACCGACUCAAUCUCAUUCUUCCCGAACAGUCGGUCUACGACGCAGAUGCCUGGUAUGCCCUAGCCAACCAGUGUGAGCAACUGGUCGACGCCACCGGCCGACUCCGAGAGCAGGUAGUCUGCGAUAAAGACUGA